UCUCUCUUUACGCUUUCCUUCUUUCCCAAACUACCCCUUCAUUCCUUGUCUUUCUCUCUCCGUCUUGUCAGAUCUCUCAUGGGGCUGAUGGGUAUUUGGGGUAAUUCACACCCUCUGCCCGUAUUCCUCGGCAGCCCUGAUUUGCUUUUGUAGUCUUCGAUUCUAUAAAAAAAAGUAAGAACCGAUAAUUCACAGUAUGUGUUGAUUUUUAAUUUUCAUUUAUUUUUUUAAUAUUAUUCACACAAGGUAUAAUUGAUUUGUAUAUUAUUUUGAAGCGUAGAAUUGGUCUGUGUCCUCUGUUGAGAUUUCAAUAUCUUUGAGGAGUAGACAGUUUCUAGGUACUUUUGGACUGAGAUUAUCUGAUACAGCUUGUACCGUGCUUGAUCAAGGGUUUCUUCAAGCUUUCGUUGAAGGUGAAAGCAUGUAAUCUGAGGCAUUUUGACUCUUUUUUAGGCCUCAAAUGUAAUAUUUUUCGGUUUUUUUCAUGAAUUGGGUCAUCUGAUUUUGCUGGGUAUUUGAGGGAGUGAUACUUGGGAGUGGAAGACCUAUUGGGUAAAUUUCUUUGCUCUUCAUAUCCUUGAUUUUUAUGCUUUUGACUGAUUUUAUGAACUGGUUUUGAGCUAUUGUACAUGAUUGGUGGUGGGUUUUUGAGCAAAGAAAUUUGAAACUGAAGGACUUGUUGGAAAUCUUUUUGGGGUUGUGUAAAAGGGGUGGUGUUGGGUGGAAAAGAGAAGGGUGUUUGGUGAAAUUCGGUUUUUGGGGGGUUAUUGAUGAUAUCUGGGUCUGAGGUUAGGGUUUGUGGAAGAUGGGAUUAAGUGGUGAUGGUUUAAAAGUGGAGUCUUGGGAUGUGGGAAAACCAAAAGAUAAGAAGAAGAAGAAGAAGAAUAAAGAGUGUGCUGUGAAAGAAACUGGGUGUUGUAUUAAGUGGAGGUUUAUUGGCAGCUGUAUUUCUUCAAGAUCUAAAGUUGACAGCUCUCUCAGUGGCAUCAGUACUCAAUGUGAAAGUAAGUCUACAAAUGAUACCAGCAGGGACCAACCGGUUGCUCCAGUUGUCUCAUCAAGUGCCACAAGUAAUGCAGAAAGUAAUUCAUCUACUUCAAAACUUGAGGAGGAACUUAAAGUUGCUUCUCGGCUCCGGAAGUUCACAUUUAAUGAUCUUAAGUUGGCAACAAGGAAUUUUAGGCCAGAGAGUCUUCUGGGUGAAGGGGGUUUUGGAUGCGUUUUCAAGGGAUGGAUUGAAGAGAAUGGAACUGCACCGGUAAAACCUGGCACAGGACUUACGGUUGCUGUGAAAACCCUCAAUCAUGAUGGGCUUCAGGGUCACAAAGAAUGGCUGGUUUGAUGCUUUUCUUAAUCCAUUCACUGAACUCUUUUCUUCUUCUUCUGGCAGUUUUAUAAUAAUGCUGAGUUCUCAUUUAGUUCUUGCCCUUCUGAAGCAUUGUCUUAUUUGGCAGGCUGAAGUGAGUUUUCUUGGUGAUCUCAUUCAUCCUAAUUUGGUUAAAUUGAUUGGUUAUUCCAUUGAAGACGAUCAAAGGCUGCUAGUGUAUGAGUUCAUGCCCCGGGGAAGUUUGGAGAACCACCUCUUUAGAAGGUCUUUGCCUCUUCCAUGGUCCAUCAGGAUGAAAAUUGCUCUUGGUGCUGCAAAGGGUCUUGCCUUCCUUCAUGAGGAGGCAGAAAGACCGGUGAUAUACCGUGAUUUCAAAACAUCCAACAUUUUACUAGAUGCAGAGUACAAUGCCAAACUUUCUGAUUUUGGACUUGCCAAAGAUGGUCCAGAGGGUGAUAAGACUCAUGUCUCUACUCGUGUAAUGGGAACCUAUGGUUACGCUGCCCCAGAAUAUGUAAUGACAGGACAUCUUACAUCGAAGAGUGAUGUCUACAGCUUUGGUGUAGUUCUACUUGAGAUGCUGACUGGUAGAAGAUCAAUGGACAAAAACCGCCCUAAUGGGGAACACAACCUUGUGGAAUGGGCACGACAACAUCUGGGAGAGAGGAGGAAGUUUUAUAGGCUGAUAGACCCUCGGCUUGAAGGUCAUUUUUCGAUAAAAGGUGCCCAAAAAGCUGCACAGUUGGCUGCCCGCUGCCUCAGCCGAGAUUCUAAAGCCAGGCCUCUCAUGAGUGAAGUUGUGGAAGUCUUGAAGCCUCUGCCAAGCCUCAAGGACAUGGCUAGCUCAUCAUACUACUUCCAAACCAUGCAAGCUGACCGCGUUGGGUCAAGCCCAAACGCUAAGAAUGGAGUUCGAACACAGGCUGGACUGCUUUCGCGAAAUGGUCAGCACCAUCCGAGAAGCCUCUCGAUAUCAAAUGGUUCUCAUGCCUCUCCAUAUCACCAUCAGGUUCCCCAGAAAUCACCAAAACCAAACGGUAAACCAUAGUGGGCUGGUAAUUAUCUGUUUCUUUCACCCACCCACCCACCGUUCUGACGAUUCGUUUGUUUUUCUUCUCCCUCCCCAUGAAAUCAUAUGUUGUCUGCUCAAUUGUUCUUAGACGACUGGCAAAAGAAAGAGGUGAACACUUUUGCAUUUUGUUGUGGAUCUUCCAGUUGGGGGAGAAUGUAAUGUUAAGGGGAUCUGAAGUCUAUGGCUUAAAUUUUCUGUUUGGAAAUAUUGAACA